UCUAUUUUCACUCCUCUCCCCCGGGAGCAGCCGGCAAGGACUUCGUGGGGCUUGUAACCGGUUCUCUGGCAUCUCCCGGAUUGGGUGUAGGCUUGCUCAGCCCCAUCACCUUCGCUCUCCUGCUCACCUCCUCCCGACAUUUCCCUGAACCGGCUCAUCAGCUCCUUCCUCGCUCAGAUCUGCAGCACUCGGCCUGUGAGCCAGGAGGGCCCAGUUCUGAAAAGCCAAGCCGCCCGGCGCAGGGCGAGUGGGGCGCAGGGCUGGUCCAUCUCAGGCGUCCGCCUCCGCAGGCCUGGGCGAUGGGCAACGUGAUGGAGGGUAAGUCGGUGGAAGAGCUGAGCAGCACCGAGUGCCACCAGUGGUACAAGAAGUUCAUGACCGAGUGCCCCUCGGGCCAGCUCACCCUCUACGAGUUCCGCCAGUUCUUCGGCCUCAAGAACCUGAGCCCGGCGACCAGCCAGUAUGUGGAGCAGAUGUUUGAGACCUUUGACUUCAACAAAGACGGCUACAUCGACUUCAUGGAGUACGUGGCGGCGCUCAGCCUGGUCCUCAAGGGGAAGGUGGAACAGAAGCUGCGCUGGUACUUCAAGCUCUACGACGUGGAUGGCAACGGAUGCAUCGACCGCGACGAGCUGCUCACCAUCAUCCGGGCCAUCCGAACCAUUAACCCCUGCAGCGACUCGACCAUGAGUGCGGAGGAGUUCACCGACACGGUGUUCUCCAGGAUCGAUGUCAACGGGGAUGGGGAGCUGUCCCUGGAGGAGUUCAUGGAGGGCGUCCAGAAGGACCGGAUGCUCCUGGACACGCUGACGCGGAGCCUGGACCUCACCAGCAUUGUGCGCAGGCUCCAGAACGGGGAGCAGGACCAGGAGGGGGCCGGGGGCGGGGCGAUAGUCUACCGAACUCGGGGCUCAGCUCCCCGCGCUGGCUGCACGGUGGUAGCACAGGCCAGGGUGGGGGUCCGGAGGUGGGGACGGUGA